AAUAUUAUAGAAAUGUAAUUGUUUUCUAUCAUUUGUGUACUAUAAGGUAAAUGUAAAUAACGUUUGCGCAAUUUCCGUACCGGGUGCUUUCAAAUCCCCGACAUCAAGUCUUCGAGAAAGCAGUAAUCACACUAACGAAAACAUCUUCCGCGAGCUUCAGUUGAAUCGCCUCUAAUUUCGGUGCCCUCCCUCCCCGCGCAGCGAAAAAUCGUUAAAUAAGUGUCGGGGGGAUGGGGGUUCCUGCUUUCUACCGGUGGUUGGCAGAUCGGUACCCUUUGUGUAUUGUGGACGUGGUGGAGGAAGAACCCAGAAAGGACGAAAGGGGUUUGCCCCUUCCUAUCGAUGUAUCAAGACCAAACCCUAAUGGCAUUGAGUUUGAUAAUUUGUAUUUGGACAUGAAUGGUAUUAUUCACCCAUGCUUUCACCCGGAAGGCAAGCCUGCACCGGCCACUUACGAUGAUGUAUUUAGAUCUAUCUUUGAGUACAUUGACCACCUUGUGUCAUUGGUUCGUCCAAGAAAGCUCCUUUAUAUGGCAAUUGAUGGCGUGGCUCCUAGGGCUAAAAUGAACCAGCAAAGGUCUCGUCGUUUUAGAGCUGCUAAGGAUGCAGCAGUAGCUGAAGCUGAAGAAGAAAAGCUCAGGAAAGAGUUUGAGCUUGAGGGGGCAAAACUAUUACCUAAAGAAAAGACUGAAACAUCUGAUUCAAAUGUCAUCACCCCUGGCACUCCGUUUAUGGCAGUGCUCUCUGUAGCUCUUCAAUAUUAUGUACAAAGCAGGUUAAACCACAUUCCUGGAUGGCGUUUUCUCAAGGUUAUUCUUUCUGAUGCAAAUGUUCCCGGUGAGGGCGAGCACAAAAUUAUGUCCUACAUUCGUUUGCAACGCAACCUUCCUGGUUCUGAUCCAAAUACCAGGCACUGUCUGUAUGGUCUGGAUGCAGACCUGAUUAUGCUUUCACUAGCUACGCACGAAGUUCACUUCUCAAUACUAAGGGAGGUAAUUACUCCUCCUGGUCACCAGGAAAAAUGUUUUCUCUGUGGUCAAGUUGGUCAUCUGGCUGCUGACUGCCGCGGGGAAACCAAUGGCCAAAAUCAAGAUGCAAGUGGAAAGCCUCUAAAUGACAUACCCAUUUAUAAGAAGAAGUAUCAGUUCCUCAACAUCUGGGUUUUGCGUGAAUAUUUGGGAUAUGAGAUGGAUAUUCCCAAUCCUCCUUUCCCAAUUGAGUUCGAGAGGCUGGUGGAUGAUUUCGUGUUUCUAUGUUUUUUUGUUGGCAAUGACUUUCUUCCUCACAUGCCCACAUUAGAAAUUAGAGAGGGUGCCAUAAAUUUGCUCAUGUUUGUAUACAGAAGGGAAUUUGCAGCAAUGGGUGGUUACCUUACUGAUGCUGGUGAGGUCUUCUUGGACCGUGUUGAACACUUUGUUCAGGCAGUUGCGGUGUAUGAAGAUCAAAUCUUUAAAAAGAGAACUCGGAUACAGCAGGCAUAUGAGAACAAUGAAGAGCUGAAACUUAGAGCAAGAGGCGAGACUAGUAAAGAGGUUCAUACUUUAGCAGGGGACAAGGUGAAGUUGGGAGAACCUGGAUAUAAAGAAAGGUAUUAUUCUGAGAAAUUUGGUAUAUCAGAACCCGAGAAGAUUGAUGAAGUCAGAAUGGAAGUGGUCUUGAAGUAUGUGGAGGGGUUGUGUUGGGUUUGCCGCUAUUACUACCAAGGUGUCUGCUCGUGGCAAUGGUACUAUCCAUAUCAUUAUGCUCCAUUUGCAUCUGAUCUUAAAGGCUUAGCUGAUUUAGAGAUAACAUUUUUUGCUGGGGAGCCAUUCAAACCCUUUGAUCAGCUAUUAGGAACCCUACCAGCUGCAAGUUCCGCUGCGCUCCCUGAACAUUACAGGAGGUUGAUGACUGAUCCUGAAUCACCUAUUCUUGAUUUCUAUCCCACUGAUUUUGAAAUUGACAUGAAUGGGAAGCGCUUUGCAUGGCAGGGUGUUGCAAAAUUGCCGUUCAUUGAUGAGAAGAAAUUGCUUGCUGAGACAAAGAAGCUUGAGGAUACCUUGACGGAGGAGGAGCAAUUCCGAAACAGUGUCAUGUUUGAUUUGCUGUAUGUUCAUCCUCGUCAUCCUUUGGCAGCCCAAAUUACACUUUACUAUCGUCUUUGUGACAUGGAAAAGUUGCCAUGGACGAUUGACAGUGUUGCUAGUGGAGGAAUGAAUGGAUUCAUGUGGUUGACUAAGAGAAAUGGCUUGAAACAAGUCUUCACUUCCCCAGUCAAUGGGUUGGAAGACAUCACAAAUAAUCAAGUUCUAAAUAUCACGUAUCUUAAUCCAGCACCACAUGUUCACAUUCCGAAGCCUCUUGAAGGUGUAAAUAUGCCUGAAAAGAUUUUGCGGCCUAUUGAUAUAAAGCCACUCCCAACACUAUGGCAUGAAGACAAUGGUGGAAGAAACCAGCUAGGCAAAGAAAGACCACGAGUAUCUGGGGCCAUAUCUGGUCCUAUAUUGGGAGAAGCUGCUUAUCGUCUGGUUCACAAUACACUGAACAUUAAGCCAGAGCGGGUGAAUUAUCGCAAUACCCAGGGGAAUCACGGUACAAAUAGGCUGAGGCCAGCAGGACCACCUGGCUAUGAAAGGGGAUAUUAUGAUGAAUUGUAUUCUCCAAAUGGAUAUUACGGCCCUCGUGCACCAGCGGGUAAUGCUAGAUAUGGUGUCUCCUCGAAUGACAUGCAAAGCAACAGGCAAAGUUUUUCUGUCCAAGACAGAUAUGCAUAUCAGGAACAGCAUCGUGACCUAAGAACUGGCAUGUCAGCAUUGACCAUAGAAGGUGGUUUUAGAACCAUGCCACUUGCUAGAAUAUCUCAAAGAUCAUCAAAUGUUGGUCAGGUACCACACGGACGUCCGCAGCUUGCACAGAUAUCUGGUCCAAUUCCUUCACCACCUCCUAAAUGGAUUGGUAGACGUCCUGCCGGGAAUGCAGUGAUGUACGCUAGCCAACAACAGAGUUCAGUGCCUGCAGGCCAUGAGAAACAGGGGAGGUUGGUCUACCAGGUAAAAAAUAAGGCCUCAGAGAAUACAGAACAUCAGCAGUAAUGUGCAAAGUAAUGUCUCAGUCUGAAGAUACUGUUACAAACUAACAAAAAGGAUUGUGAAUGUUGUUAACUACAAAUAUCAACUGAUCUUCUAUCUAGUAAUUGUCUCGGGUUCAGUCGGAAGAUGUCGUUUUUUCAAGUUAACUACGCUGGUUUCUUAGAGAGUAGUAUCGUUCGAGACAGCGUCAGUCGACCUUUGUUUUCUACUUAAUUAUAGGGGCUUACAAGAGGACUACAGGCUGAUCACCAUACUGUAUUGAAGUUUUUCUCCUGUUUAGCUUACAGAUGACCCAUACACAUUUUGUUACACUAACUUGUUCACGCAGUGUAAAUGACACGUUGGAAAGAAUGCAGCUUUUUAUGCUUCUCGUUC